AUGGAAGGAGAAGGAAAAUCGGAGAUGGAAUACACGGACAUCGAUACUUCCGCAGAUUCUAUAGACAGUUCUGUGAUAUUCCACGUCGUCACGGACAUCCUAGGGUUCGUACUCUACAUGCACCAGCAAAUCCCUUCCAUCUUGCAGGAUUUGAGUCUUGAAUAUGAAUCACUGCGAGCAGAGUAUAAGGAUUUGGACACAGUUCUUGCACAAUCAGAAGUAAAGGUGUCCAUAAGGCGAGAACAUGUUGGAAGAAAGAGAGAGGUCAAACAAGGGAUAAGAAGACUUGACAAUUUGAUGAAUUCGGUUUCUAGUCUCAGAACUGCUCUUCAGGUUACGAUAAGUGAAGUUCCACAUAUCGAGCAAGCUAUGUUGGUCCUUGGAGCCAGUCCUUUACGGCCUCAACAAGUUUAUGAGUUGUUCUUUUCCCAUGGAAGGGUUGUUCUUGGAGGCACUUGUGAUUUUACGAAGAACAAAGCAACAGAAGGGCUUUCAAGAAAGGCUAUUCGAGCACUGAUCUCAAAGGGUGCAGGAUCUGAUUCUUAUGCCGGCCCUACCAAGUUGUUCCUAUUGGUUAAAGCUCCCUCUUCUUUCAAUCUGCCUCUGCAUUUUCUUCCCAAGCGGGACUUCAGAUACAGCAAAAAGGUAGUGCCUUUCAGAUUACGAUUCAAGUGCCGAACCCAAGAUCCAGAAUUGGGCACUCAACAUUCUGAAUCUCAAUCUCUGACCUCUAUCCAUCCGAGGGAUUCUACUUCGAACGAUUUGAUGUGGUUUCAAUGUAGGCAUAUAAUCAAGGGCUUCGCUUGCAGGACAUCACCAACAGAAGAGUGACAAGUUCUCUUACAAUCUUCAGGUUCUGACAUAGACAAGUUUGUCAUAUUGUUUGAUACCAUAGUGCAGUUUUAUUAGCGUUGUCACUUAUUGCAUUCAUCUACAACGACUGUCCUACUUCAUCUCAACCCGUUUUCUGCGUUCUCUGAUUAGCUUUAAUUCUUUGUUUUAUCACUUUGGCCUUGAUAUAUUUGAUCUCCAAUGAGUGAAGCAUCCCGGAUCGUUGCAUGGUAAUGGCUGUUUUCCUUCUGUUCGGAGUGUUGUAGCACUCGUUUUAUCAUGAACUUAAUUAGUUUCCAUCUCCUGAGAACACAAGUGUAGUCACAUUUUCUAUAGCCGUUUCUUAUUUUCAUUCAUAUUGGCAGCUUCUAGUUCCAUUACAUCACCCUUCUGUACAUAGCGU